UUUUAGGUUGGUUGUUGGAGUGAUUCCACUCUAGACAUAAGCCAAAACUCAAGGCUAUAUCCAAAUUGCAUUACAAUGCCUCAUUUGCAUUUGCUGACAAAUGUAUCACAGGAUUCCUUCACAGAUGGCUUCAUCUCAGAGACCAGCAAGCUCCUGGCUCAGACACUGGGGAAACCAGAAAGUUACUGCUGUUUCACAGUGCAACAAGUUCAUGGUGCAUUUGGUGGGAGUAAUAAGAAGUUUGGAUCAGCUCGUCUCAUGAGCAUUGGGUGUCUGGGGGUGAAAGAGAACCAAAAACAUUCUGCUACAUUGUCCAAACAUUUUGAGAAACAUCUUGGCAUCCCUUCAGACAGGCUAUACUUUGAGUUUGUGGAUGCAAAGCCAGCAGAUGUUGGUUAUAAUGGCACCACCUUCCAUGCCAUCUUUGGGGGCCAUUAAGUGAGGAUCCCAAGGCAACAGUUUCUUACUGGAUCUUUGGUAUCAUUUUUGACAUGCUGCAUUAGGCCUCGAGUCUUGUAGAAUUGUUGCCUGGUACUCCCACUAGGUUACUUCGUAUAUGCUUGAUGUUAGUCUUUUUGUGAUUUUUGGCUCUCCUUGCUGUGUGGAAUGUUCAUGCAGGCUCUGCCAACCAUAAAGCUGUGUGUCAAUAAAGAAUGUGAUUCCAGGAAA